AGGGCUCAUCAGGUUCAAGGCUACUUCUCCCAGCCUCUGGAUGGCAUAGGCUGUGGCCAGAUGCGGGGAAUACCGGUGACUGAGUAGCGCGCGUGCUGAUGACGAAAGCGGAAGUGCACAGGCCGGAGGCGGGAUCAGAACCCAGAGGGGCUCGGGAUUGCGGAAGUUUUGUGAGGAGGGUCGGGCGUAAAGCGGUGUUGUUUUAGGAUAAGUUCCGGAAAGGAGGCCUCCUGUCGGGGUCUGAGAGCCACUAGCCUCCCCGGUUUAGGGACUGAUUCGACGUCGGUGCUGUUGGCUGUCCUCGGCCCUCGUUCCCCGCUAGGGAACCGCCUCGGAUCUCCGCCAUGGCAUCCACUUCGACCAACCUCCAGAAAGCAAUAGAUCUUGCUAGCAAAGCAGCCCAAGAAGACAAAGCUGGGAACUAUGAAGAAGCCCUUCUACUCUAUCAAAAUGCUGUGCAGUAUUUUCUCCAUGUAGUUAAAUAUGAAACACAGGGUGAUAAAGCCAAGCAAAGUAUCAGGGCAAAGUGUACAGAAUAUCUUGACAGAGCAGAAAAACUAAAGGAGUACCUGAAAAAGAAAGAGAAAAAACCACAGAAGCCGGUGAAGGAGGGACAGCCGAGUCCAGCAGAUGAGAAAGGGAAUGACAGUGAUGGGGAAGGAGAAUCUGAUGAUCCUGAAAAAAAGAAACUACAGAAUCAACUUCAAGGUGCCAUUGUUAUGGAACGACCAAAUGUGAAGUGGAGUGAUGUUGCUGGUCUUGAAGGAGCCAAAGAAGCACUUAAAGAGGCUGUGAUUCUGCCUAUUAAAUUUCCUCAUCUUUUUACGGGCAAGAGAACACCUUGGAGGGGAAUCCUAUUAUUUGGGCCUCCUGGAACAGGAAAAUCCUAUUUAGCCAAAGCUGUAGCAACAGAAGCAAACAACUCAACAUUUUUUUCAAUAUCUUCCUCUGAUCUUGUUUCAAAGUGGCUAGGUGAAAGUGAAAAAUUAGUUAAGAAUUUAUUCCAGAUUGCCAGAGAGAACAAGCCCUCUAUUAUCUUCAUUGAUGAAAUUGAUUCUUUGUGUGGUUCAAGAAGUGAAAAUGAAAGUGAAGCUGCACGUAGAAUUAAGACAGAGUUCCUAGUUCAAAUGCAAGGGGUUGGUGUGGACAAUGAUGGAAUUUUGGUUCUGGGAGCCACAAAUAUACCCUGGGUUCUGGAUUCUGCCAUUAGGCGAAGAUUUGAAAAACGAAUUUAUAUUCCUUUGCCUGAAGCCCAUGCCCGAGCAGCAAUGUUUAAACUGCACUUGGGGACCACUCAGAACAGUCUAACAGAAACAGACUUCCGAGAACUUGGAAAGAAAACUGAUGGUUAUUCAGGGGCGGAUAUAAGUAUCAUUGUACGGGAUGCACUUAUGCAGCCUGUUAGGAAAGUACAGUCAGCUACUCAUUUUAAAAAGGUUCGUGGACCUUCCCGAGCUGAUCCUAACAACCUCGUAGAUGAUCUGCUAACACCCUGCUCUCCAGGUGACCCUGGUGCCAUUGAAAUGACAUGGAUGGAUGUCCCUGGGGAUAAACUUUUGGAGCCAGUUGUUUCCAUGCCGGAUAUGUUGCGGUCACUCUCUAGCACAAAACCCACAGUCAAUGAACACGACUUGUUGAAAUUAAAGAAGUUUACAGAAGAUUUUGGUCAAGAAGGUUAAAACAAAGAGGAGGAAGACAUUUACCAUACGUAUUGUUUCUUUCAUAGAUAUUUUUGCCUUUCUUGAAUAGCAUUCAGAUUGUUUCCAGUAAAACUCUUUUACCAUGGGGACAUACACAUCUUACUUCAGAGUUCCUUUAAGUUUGAUUUUGUACUUUUUCUCCAUUAUCUAUCAAAUGCUUCUAUUAAUGAAAAGUAUAAGAUAACGAGUUAUAAAGAAAUGAGCAAUAUAUGAAUGGCAAACAAAGAAAUUACCCAGUAAGAAGAAUAUUAGAAAUUGAUUGACAUAUAAAUAUUUAAAAUUUUUAUGAAUGGUGGUCUUUGCAAAGAGCAUUUAUCAUUUCUUUUGGACUAAAAUGAAACAGGGCUUAUUUUAUAUUUUGAAAAAAAUUCUUAAACAUCAUUCUUAUCAAUGUAAAAUUUAUUUACUUUAUUAAAAAAUUAAAAAUGAUAGAAUCUUUACUCUCAGGGAUGGGCAAUAAAAAGCAAAGAGCACUGUGAUUGGGUUUGAAAGAUUUUGAAUUGAGUGAUAGCUGGUGCUCUUAUUGGUUUUUAAUAGGUUGAUUUUUUUCCUGCAUAGAUUUAAAUAAUUUCUUUAAAAGCAGCAAGCUUUUAUAUUUAAUUAAAUACCUUUCACUGUGCAAUCUCAAGAGAAACACUUUCUAAAUUAGGAUUUGUCUUUACCUUACCUUGAAGAAGAAAAUUGUCUUUUUCAGUGUCUUUUGUAGCAAGAUUGACCAAAACAGGUGGUAAGUAAGUAUGUAAUUUUUAAAUAACUGUCAUAAAUACUGUAACGGGAACCUUUGCUCAUGAGGAAAUGGCCUCCCUUUGGAUUAUGGGAACUUUCCAUGUGUGAUGUUGGCGUGUGUGUGUACAUAUAUGUAUAAAUUUCUUUUUUUAAUGUAGGGUAGCAGUAUAGGGUCUUGUCUUUCACCUUUAAGUUCAGGGAACAGUUUGUCCUGGCCACACAUGUAUCAAUAUAAUGCUUAUAAAGCUUUAGAAAUGAGCUGAUGACUCAUUAAUAAAAUACAAACAUGAUAUUAUUUUAAUAUCUUCAAAUAAUCUGAGGAUGUGUGUUAUACACUUGAGCAUCAACACUAAGUUGUGCCUUGUACAUUUGCAUUGGCUCUACAUGCAAAAAAUUACUAAGUUAGCUAGAAUGAGGUAGAUUCCUUAAUUACUAUGAAGUUCUACCAUGCAAAUGCUAUAGAAUAACUUGCAUUUUUAAAGUAUAUUUGCACAUUUUACAUAUUAUGCUAUAUGGUUGCCUUUGGGUUUUCUGUACAGAUUGUUUUUGUUAAUAUUAAAUGGAAAUCAUAGGCCUGAAUACACUGUUCUUAUGUGAAGUAAAUUGAUAUAACCUACUAUUGGC